AUGACAAUCGACAAGCCCAACAUGGUGACGACAACGACAACGACGACGGCGUCGGAAAAGUUCUUCGAGGUGCGCUCGCCGGCCAGCUUCGCGGCGCGGAUGUGGUCGCGCACGGCGCAUAGCGGCGUGCCCGUCGUGCCGGACGGCGACGUGAUCCUCGUCGUCGGGCUGGGCGACGAGACGGCGGAGCUGCGCGUGGACUCGCUCAUCCUGAAGCGCGCGUCGCGGGUGUUUGGCGCGAUGCUCGGCCCCCGCUUCAAGGAGGGCCAGAGGCUGCUCGACCGCAACGGCGGCGCCUCGUCCGAGCCCGUCAAGAUCAACCUGCCCGACGAGGACCCGGAGAUCAUGGAGCUCAUUCUGAACAUCCUGCACCACCAGAACUCGCGGGUGUGUCAGAUGGCGGCGGCGGAUUCGAUCUUGGAGGUGGCUGUCGUGGCGGAUAAGUAUGACCUGGUCGAUGCGCUCAAGUACGCGUCGCAGACGAUGCUGCAUUAUCACGAGCCGUCGAUUGAGCAUCUGACCGUCGGGGACCUGUGGCGGUUGGGGCUGGCGGCGGGCUUGCUGAAUGAGGGCAAGGCAUUUGAGAAGGUGACGCGGAUGCUGGUAUGGAAUCAUACGGUGCCGUAUAUACAGCUCGUGGACGCGGAAGAUGUGGUCGACAUUGAGUUCGCGCUGCGGAUGUGCUAUCUGUUGGAGAAGGAGAGGCAAGACUUGAAGACGUCUUUGCUGCAGCAUCUACUGCCGAUCAUUUCCACUGGGAAUCAGCUGCGCCUGGUUGAAAUCAAGGUGGACUCGGCGGAACACUUCGACGCGUGGCCGGAGUUGAUGAAGCUGUUCGGGGCCAGUCUCAAUGAGAUGACCCGGUUCGCGGAGGGACUCGUCCUGGCGGACCGAAGCCGCCGCGCCGCGGGGCCCAACUCGGACUUCAUGAGGCACUUCAGGAGUCGGGGCGGGAUACGUCUGGAGGACGCGCGGAAAGGGCGCGACUGA